AUGGAGAUACAAGAUAUCAGAGGGCUGUGUCUGGUGCCGGUGACCCAGGGGCAGCACGGCCCCCUCCCCAGGCCGGCCCUGCAGGCCCAGCCCAGCGCCCUGGUGCCCCUGGACACGCCGGUGACGCUGCGGUGCCGGGGGCCGCCGGGCGUGGACCUGUACCGCCUGGAGCAGCUGGGCACAAAGGAGUACAGUAACCAGGACGCCCUCAUCAUCCCGGCCAUGAGCAGGGCCUCCGCAGGCCGCUACCGCUGCUCCUACCAGAACGGGAGCCGCUGGUCGCCCCCGAGCGAGCACCUGGAGCUGGUGGCCACCGGAGUUUUUGCCAAGCCCCUGCUGACGGCCAUCCCCAGCCCUGCGGUGUCCUUGGGAGGGGACGUGACCCUGCAGUGUCAGACCCAGUAUGGCUUCGACCGCUUUGCUCUGUACAAGGAGGGACAGGCCGGGCUCCAGAAGCGGCCUGGGAAGUGGUACCAGGCCAACUUCCCCAUCGUCACGGUGACGGCCACCCACAGCGGGACCUACAGGUGCUACAGCUUCUCCAGUGCCUCGCCGCACCUGUGGUCGGCCCCCAGCAACCCCCUGGAGCUCACGGUCACAGGAAUCCCUGUGGCCACCCGCCAGUCACCUGCAGAGCCCCCGCCUUCUACCACAGGAAUCCCUGUGGCCACCCGCCAGUCACCUGCAGGGCCCCCGCCUUCUACCACAGAACCUUCCAGGAACAGCUCGGUCCGGCCGGAGGGGGCGGGCUCCCCAGCAGGUGAGUGGAGACCCCUCCCCUGCAGGUCCUGGGUGAAGCCGCUGCCGGGAGGGGCAGAGCUGGGCGGGAAGCUGGAGACGGCCCGGGGUCCCGGAGAAGAGCCCACCUCCCCCGAGGCACAGCUGAUCGCUGGGGUGCGGAGGCCGCUCCAGCCGGGAGGUGGGCCUCCGGGCGACAGGGGGCCCAGCGGGCGCAGCUCUCACCUGCUGCCCCCACCUCUCUCCGUGGCUCUAGAUGGCGCCCGCCCGUCCUACGCCCACGGCAACCUGGUGCGGCUGGGCCUGGGCGCGCUGCUGCUGCUGCUCCUGGCGGCCCUGCUGGUUGAGGCCUGGCACAGCCGGAGACGAGCCCGGCGGCCCCGGGGCCGCGCGCUGCUGAGGCCGCUCCCGCCCCUCCCGAGCGCCAGCUAG